ACCGUCCAAUGAGAUCGCCGCGCCCUUUCUAACUGCCCAAUGAGCGAGCGGGGCUGGGAGGCGCGCGACGGCGGCAGCUCCCGCCCCCUCCGCGGGAGCACGGGGCUGGCUGGCAGACCGACAGCGCAGCGAGCCAAUGGGAACGCGCAGCGCCAGCAGCUGGGCGGAGCACCCCCGCGGCGACAGCCAAUGGGCGAGGGCGCCGCUCUGGGCAGCCAAUGGGCGCGGGGAGGCGGCGCGCGCUGCCGGCGCGGCUCCCAAGAUGGCGGCGGGUGCGUGAGCGGGGCGGUCGGGGAGGCCCGGCGGGAGCGCGGCCGCCGCCGCCAUGAAGGGCAAGGAGCGCUCGCCCGCCAAGGCCAAGCGCUCCCGGGGCGGCGAGGACUCGGCGUCCUCCUCCUCCUCCUCGCGCGGCAGCAAGAAGCCGAGCGGCUCGUCCGGCGGAGGCGGCGGCUCCAACGGCGGGAAAGCGGCGGCGGCGUCCGGCGAGAGCAACAGCGGGAGCGGCCGGCGCGGCGCCCACGCGGACAAGGGCGGCCGCGCCGGCAGCCGCGAGUACGAGAGCGGUUCGGCGGCGGCCGCGGGCGGCGGGGGCCGGCACGGCUACGGCGGUAAAACCGCGGAGGCGUCGCGAAGCAGCAGCAGCCGCGGCGGUGAAUCGCGAGCGGCCGCCGCCUCCUCCUCCUCCUCCUCGUCGGAGCCGGGCGGCGGCGAGUACAAGACGCUGAAGAUCAGCGAGCUGGGCUCGGCGCUGAGCGACGAGGCGGUGGAGGACGGGCUUUUCCACGAGUUCAAGCGCUUCGGCGACGUGAGCGUCAAGAUCAGCCGGCUCCCGCCCGGCGCCGGCGCCGCCGACGAGCGCGUGGCCUUCGUCAACUUCCGCCGGCCCGAGGACGCGCGCGCCGCCAAGCACGCCCGCGGCCGCCUCGUGCUCUACGACCGCCCGCUCAAGAUCGAGGCCGUCUAUGUCGGCGGAGGCAGCGGCCGCCGGCGCAGCAGCCGCUCCCCGGCGCUGCUGGACAAGGAGUCUCCCUACGGCGCGGCGGCGGUCGGGGCGGUGGCGGCCGCCGUGCGGCACCCGCCGGCCGGGGCCGCGCAGCGGGCGCUGUCCCCCGCGGGCAGCGGCGGAGCUUUGGGAUACCGGGACUACCGGCUGCAGCAGCUCGCCCUGGGCCGGCUCCCGCCGCCGCCGCCGCUGCCGAGGGAGCUGGAGAGGGAGCGGGACUACGGCGGCUUCUACGAGGCGCGGGUGAGGCCGGCCUACGGGCUGGAGCGCGUGGCCGGCGUGGCGGCGGCCGGGGGAUUCCGUGGAGGGGGAGGAGGUGCCGGAGCGGCCACUGAGGAGGAGAUCAGCCCCGAGGAUGACCAGAGAGCCAACCGCACGCUGUUCCUGGGCAACCUGGACAUCACCGUGAGCGAGUCGGACUUGCGGCGAGCGUUUGACCGUUUCGGGGUCAUCACCGAGGUGGACAUCAAGAGGCCGGGGCGUGGGCAGACCAGCACCUAUGGGUUCCUUAAGUUUGAGAAUCUGGACAUGGCGCACCGGGCCAAGUUGGCCAUGUCAGGGAAGGUGCUGCUGCGCAACCCCAUCAAGAUCGGGUACGGCAAAGCCACCCCGACCACCCGGCUCUGGGUGGGCGGCCUGGGGCCCUGGGUGCCCCUGGCCGCCCUGGCCAGGGAGUUUGAUCGGUUUGGCACCAUCCGCACCAUCGAUUACCGCAAAGGGGAUUCCUGGGCCUAUAUCCAGUACGAGAGCCUGGACGCGGCGCAGGCGGCCUGCACCCACAUGCGGGGGUUCCCCCUGGGGGGGCCGGAUCGCCGGCUCCGCGUGGACUUUGCCGACACGGAGCAUCGGUACCAGCAGCCCUACCUGCAGCCCCUGCCCUUGCCACCCCCGGCUCAUUACGAGCUUGUGGCGGAGGCGGCUGCUUUUGGGGCUCACCGGGGAGCACCCCCUGACCCUCUGCGGGGGGCCCGGGACAGGACACCACCGUUGCUCUAUAGAGACCGUGACAGAGACCUUUAUCCUGAGACAGACUGGGUGCCCCCGCCACCCCCUGUGCGGGACCGGAGUAAUCGGGCAGCUGCCUAUGACCCGCUGGAAAGCCUGGAGCGCCGCCGGGAUGGGUGGUCCUUGGAGCGGGACCGAGGGGAGAGGGAGCUGGGCAGUAGCAGUAGGGAUCAGCCUAGGAAAAGGAGGCUGGCGGAGGAUGGAGGCCGGCACUUGGACCGUUCCCCUGACAGCGAGCGCUCCUCUUCCUCACGAAAGCGCCACUGCUUGGCCACAACCUCUCCCCCGGACCGCAGCCCAGAGCUCCUCGGAGGCCGGGAGCGUUACGGUAGUGACCCUGAGCGCUCGUCUCGCUUGCUCUUUGAGCGACCUUCCCCCAUCAGGGAGUCCCGCCGGGGCAGCCUGGAGCGGGGACAGAACGAAAAGCGCGACCGCAAGAAUUCCGCAGAGCGGGAGCGCAAGCACCGCGCCGCCGCUGCCGCCCAGGAGUGCAAAAGCCCGGCCAAAAAGGACGAGCGGGCGGCCGAGGGAGGCGGCGGAGGCUCCCGGCUCAAACCUCCUCCCCAGAAACAGCAGCAGGAUGGAGCGGCGCAGGCCGGGGCGGCGCCCAAGCUGUGCUUGGCUUGGCAGGGCAUGCUCCUGCUGAAGAACAGCAACUUCCCGUCCAACAUGCACCUGCUCCAGGGAGACCUCGGAGUCGCCAGCAGCCUCCUGGUGGAGGGAUCGACUGGGGGGAAAGUGGCUCAGCUCAAGAUCACCCAACGUCUCCGUCUGGACCAGCCCAAGUUGGACGAGGUCAACCGGCGCAUCAAGGUGGCGGGUCCCAACGGAUACGCCAUCCUUCUGGCCGUGCCCGGCGCCUCAGACAACCGCUCCGCAGCCGGAGCCGCCGAGGCCGCCACCACCUCCACGCAGAGGCCGCUCAGGAAUCUGGUCUCCUACCUAAAGCAAAAGCAGGCUGCUGGGGUGAUCAGCCUCCCUGUGGGGGGGAACAAAGACAAGGAGAACAGCGGGGUCCUGCACGCCUUCCCGCCCUGCGACUUCUCCCAGCAGUUCCUGGACUCCACGGCCAAGGCGCUGGCCAAAUCAGAGGACGACUAUCUGGUCAUGAUCAUUGUCCGUGGGGCGUCCUAAGGCCCUCGUGUUCUGUUCCCAACCCUGCCUACUCCUCCAUGCAGCCCCUCCAGCGUGUGCCAGGUGCUAUGGGAUACAGCCUUAGCCAGCCCUGUCGUUAUUUGAAAUAGAUCUUUGUUUGUAGGUGACUUUCCCGGGCCGAUUUUCUGUUACUACAUUUUUCUAUAAAGAUAGAAGCCAGAGAGGUCGGUUAGGAGUAGCGUGAAUAGGAUAUUUUGAGAAUUCCCUAUCAAUGGGGACAGCAGGGAGGCUCAGCCUGCUUUGAUUUACAGAAAAUAGAAAAAUAAUAAAAACUGGGGGUGGGGGGGAGGGGGGGAAAGAAAAACUCCUGUCUUCUUAAUUUAGAUUCAUGUCCUUUUUUCAUUUCAUGUAUUUUAAAGUAAGUCCCAAGAGCUCAUCCUCGAGAGAGCUCCGAACCGAACAGACCAGAUUUAAAGCACUCAGUGGAAAUGGAAAACCAUACUUUAAUAACAGACUGGUGUCACCUCCUCUUUUGAGUCCUUGAAAUUCCGUGUGGGCCUCAGGCCAGGGGCCCUUUGGCCCACGGGAUCCCUUCCCUCGGGAGCCGCAGUGGUUUCCCCGUUGAGUCGCGUGGCUCAAGGCCGACGUUUUUCAGGUGAGCAGCAGCUGCUCUCGGGUACACAGCAGAACACUGAAUUCCUUUUUGGAAAGGGAUUCCUUUUUCAUCCAGCCCCCCCAGGUGCAUGCACUGAAACUGGGCUUUUUAACAGGUGUAUUUCCCUGAUUUCCCGGUGUAUCCCAUAUGUGCACUUUGGGUUUGUAGCAGUGACUAGGUUUGGUGAAGAGCUGAGGACUUUGUUGCAAACCAGGAAUGUCUUGUGCUCACUCUGGUGUGCAGAAAACAAGGAGGUGCUUUAAGGAGAACUUGAGUUAUAUUGUGGGGUUUUGGUUUUACUGCCUUUUUUUUUUUGUUUUGUUUUGUUUUGUUUUGUUUUCCAAGAGUUGCAGGUUCAGUGGGGUCUGGUUCCACAAUGCAAACUGAGCAACAAAUCUGGUGGACUGCAGAAGACAACCACAUGGGAUACCAAGCUCUAAUGGACCUUUGGGAAGAGAAGCUGUGGCUUAUGUGGAAUUUACAUGGGCCUCCUGGUGGAAGAAAGCUUAUCUGUUUAGUAUUUGUGCAUUUUACUAAAAUGGCAGCUUUAAAAAAAAAAAAGUUGUGUAUCUGCUAUUGUGAUGCCAAUGCCCGUGUUUUAAGUGGAAAAAAAAAUGACCUCUUUGCUUUGUGCUGUGUACACAAGAUUGCUGGAAAAGUAAAGGAAUACCCUUUUUAUGGCUCACACAGCUUAAAAGUAGCUGUCACUCAAACAUGCGCUCACAGUUGAGCUGAUUUUGUUUCAUUCUAAAUAAAUUGUUUCUUUUGAGGAAAA